UUAUUUACUAACAUACUUGGUUUACUUUAAACAGUAUCAUAUCUGAUUAUGUCAAUGGCUCUUGGUUGACAAAUAUUAGUAAUAUUCUGUUUACAGAAUGAUGAAUAUACUCGUUUUAAUAAUAUUUUUUUUUAAUUAAAUGAAUAACGAAAGCGAUGCAGUGAUUCCAGAUAAGCGCUGUGGUACACGCCAUAUUCAAGUAGCACUACUUUUUUUCGCUUUUUGUAUAAGUAUGUCUCAAAGGACUAAUUUGACUGUCUCCAUUGUCGCUAUGUUGGAUAACUCUACCAGCUCUAAUCCAAAUGUAGCAACAUAUAAUUGGACAAACCCCAGCAUCGUUCUAGGAGCAUUGUUUUACACUUAUCCUGUUUUUCAAAUUCCUGCUGGGUUUUUAUCUAAAUUUUAUGGAGGGAAACAUUUGCUUCUAUGGAGUUUUUUUGCUAAUACCGUGGCUUGCAUUAUGGUGCCCUUAGUUUCUAGUCCAUGGGGAUCUAAUGGAGUUAUUGCCAUGAGAGUAAUUCAAGGACUAGCUCAGGGGUCUAUUUUUCCUACUACCCAGACGCUUUUAGGAAGGUGGGCUCCUGUAGAAGAAAGAAGUACAUUUGGUGGCAUAAUUUAUUCAGGUAUAAGUACGGGGUCUGUUAUAGCAUUUGUCACCUCAGGUUACAUCUGUUCGUCCACACUUGGUUGGCCAUUUACAUUUUACCUAUGGGGGGCAGUAGGGCUACUUUGGUGUGUCUUAUAUUUUUUCCUUGGUUUUAAUUGUCCUGCUGCUCAUCCACGUAUAAGACCUGGAGAACGUGCUUUUAUUGAACAAUCAUUGCAUCAAACGGAGACAGACCUGCACCCAAAAUUGCCUUUAAAAUCGAUCUUGACAUGCACACAUUUCUGGGCAAUAGUUUCCGCGAAUAUCGGCAAUGCCUGGAUUUACACCAUUUUAAUGACCGAAGUGUCGUCGUACUUUGCAAAAGUGAUGAAAUUUAACAUAAAUUCGAAUGGAUUAGUAAGUGCUAUUCCGUAUACUGCGGCAGCUAUAUCAGGAUUUAUAUUUGCCCCUAUUGCUGAUUGUCUUAUUGAGAAGCAUCUUUUAAGCAGAGUAAACACAAGGCGAGCUAUGCAAUGUAUUGGUUCCUAUGGCAUGUCUAUAUGUUUAAUCUUAGUCGGUUAUGUAGCAUAUACUCAAUUAGCAGCAGUGACACUUCUUACCACAGCAAAUAUUUUUUAUGCAGCAACACUGCUGGGUUAUCCCUUGGGACCUGUAGACCUAUCUCCCAAGUUUUGCGGCAUUAUGUAUGGAAUUAGCAAUACUAUUAGUUUUGGUAUUGCGGCAUUUUGUCCUGUUUUAGUGCAUUUUGUUGUUAAAAAUAAGGAAAACGCAAAAGAAUGGCAAAUGGCAUUUUUAAUAACAGGAGUGUUAUUUAUAAUUUGCGCCACCCUGUACGCUAUUUUCAUUUCUGCUGAGAGGCAACCGUGGGAUAGUGUGCCAGAGCAAGCUAAUAUUUAAAAAAUAAAAUAUCUGUUGUUAAAU